AUGCUCUUCUCUGCGUAUGGUGCAGUGUGUGUAGUCCUACGGGUGUGUUCCUUGGCUUAUCUUCCAAACGCACGUUACCAAAUCAUCAACGGACUUGAACGCGUCGUGGAAGGUUCUACAGCAGCCAAACGCAUCCCUGUGGUCGCCAUGGCGUUUACGGUUGGAGUCCGGUUUGCUAACAAUGUAUAUGGCGGUAUGCAGUUUGUAGAUUGGGCUAAAUUAUCCGGCGUCCAGUAG